AACGCGACAGUUCGUGGUGUUGCUUGCGCAGCGCACGGCUCUCCCAGGUAGUUUGAGCGAAAGAUUACCUGAGUAUUUUCAACAAUAGUUAACAUGGAUUUAUCUCGCUAGCUGCUCUGCUUUACAUGGUUUGAGAAGAGACGUUGGAAAUAAGCUCGUAAAUCGUUAUACCGUUUACAAAAAACUAGAUAAAGGUAUAACGAAACCGUCUGAAGAUCCACCUUUUCACAUUCAUGUUAUGGGCAAGAAGAGGAGGUCGAGCGGACGGAGUGUCAAUAAUGUCCGAUUGAAGGGAAGCUUCUUGCGGCUAUCUUGUCUGACAUAGAUUGAGUGGUAACCAUGCCGGGGAAAUUGAAGGCCAAGAUUGUGGCUGGGCGUCACUUGCCCGUCAUGGACAGAGCAAGCGACCUCACAGACGCGUUUGUUGAGGUGAAAUUUGGAACUACGACAUUCAAAACUGACGUGUACCCCAAAUCCCUUAACCCACAUUGGAACUCAGAGUGGUUCAAAUUUGAGGUGGACGAUGAGGACUUGCAGGACGAGCCGCUGCAGAUCACGGUGCUGGACCACGAUACCUACAGCGCCAACGACGCCAUCGGCAAGGUCUACAUCGACAUCGACCCACUCCUAUCGAACGAAGCUGCUACUGUCAUCUCUGGGUGGUUCCCCAUUUAUGAUACCAUACACGGUAUCCGCGGGGAGAUCAAUGUCCUGGUGAAGGUGGACCUCUUCAACGAUCUCAACCGCUUCAGGCAAUCGUCCUGCGGAGUCAAAUUCUUUUGCACUACGUCCGUCCCCAGGUGUUACCGGGCGGCGACGGUGCACGGGUUCGUGGAGGAGCUGGUGGUGAACGAGGACCCGGAGUACCAGUGGAUCGACCGCAUCCGCACCCCCCGGGCGUCCAACGAGGCCCGGCAGAGGCUCAUCUCCCUCAUGUCCGGCGAGCUCCAGAGGAAGAUCGGCCUGAAGGUGCUGGAGAUGGGGGGCAACGCGGUGGUGGGGUACCUGCAGUGCUUCGACCUGGAGGGGGAGUCGGGCCUGGUGGUGCGGGCCAUUGGCACCGCCUGCUCCCUGGACAAGCUGAGUAACCCCGCCGCGGCCGCCCAGCCCACCUGCCACUCCCCGUCCAAAGACAUCAAAGAGUCUCCGCUGGCCCACCCGCCCGGUCACGGAUGCCGCUCGACCCACAGCAGCCCCAUUCACGCGGCCUCCGGCUCGCGGCUCUCUCAGAACUUCUCUGUGUCUGUCCCCACCCUCAUCUUCACCGGUACGAGCCUGCAGAGGCACGGGAGCGCGGGCGAGAUGGGCCCGCAGGGCGGGGCACGGUCUGUGUUGCCAGGCAGGCAGUGUAGGCUCCCCUUCAGCGAAGACCCCAACCCUCAUACUCACUCAUCUGGACCCUCCACCCCAAUGAAAACCCAAACUUAUUGCUAUUCACCCUCCAAAGCCUACAGCCGACAGUCCUCCUCCUCUGACACAGAUUUGAGUUUGACACCUAAAACUGCGAGGCCCCUCCCCGCGGGACCCAGGAUAUUCCUGUCCCCCAGCUCCCCCCUCCUGCCCACAGACUCCCCGCCCAAUUUUUCGUUCGCCCCGCACCUGCCCCCGGGGUGCGAGGCCGACCGGGGCCCCGGCCCCCCUCCGUACCCCGGGCCGCUCGGCCGAGCCGGCCUGAGAAAGAGUGUCUCUUUCAGUGAGGACCUGCUACAGGCGGCCUCCGGAAUGGGGAGUGGAGGUAGUGCGGGGAAGGAAGGUGGGCCUCUGAAGACCCUGCUGAGACAGCAGACCCAGUCAGCGCUGGAACAGAGGGAGUUCCCCUUCUUCACCCUGACCUCGUUCCCGUCCGGCUUCCUGGUCCACGUCGGGGGCGUGGUCAGCGCCCGCUCUGUCAAGCUCCUGGACCGCAUCCACAACCCCGGUACGUCACCCCAACUCCGCGCUCUCUCCCCUCCCCUCGGGACGCACAGAGACACUCUCCUCAGUCGCGUGAAGAGGGCGUGUGCGUAG